AAAUAUAUGUAAAAAUGAAAUUCCACAAAACUGAAGAAGACCUACUGCUCUCAUCAUCAAAUUUAGUUGACUUCGAUGUCAAAAAAUUCCUUGAAAAUCAAGAUUUUGGUAGAUAUAUAAGAAAUGAAAUAGGUGCUUAACGUGAAUAGUUGCUUCUUCCAUAAUUAAAACUACAAGUCGAUGUUGCUGCUGCCUCUGGCAAUAUGAGAUGGGGGAUUAAAUGCCAGAGGUGCACGGUUCAAUUGCCCUGCAUCUCCAAGUGGGUUUUUAAUUUUACCUUUUUUAACGUAUUAUCAGCUGUAUUUAAAUUCACAGUACGACCCACAAUGGGAGUUCGUUGCAGAGCCUGGAAAGCCUCCUUUAUUCUCUAAUAUAUAUCGUUCAACGGAACAUCCUUCCCGCCAUUUUCACCGGGGGUUUUCUUGACAUUAGGAGCAAUGUCCGUUCCUCUCUUCAACCUUGCUCCUAAUUUGACAGUUUCAAGACUCUGUUUAGGAACAAUGACUUUUGGGGAGCAAAACUCUCUUCCUCAGUCAUUACGUCUUCUAGACCAAGCUUUUGACGCCGGAAUCAACUUCUUCGACUCCGCCGAAAUGUACCCAGUUCCUCAGCGUGCUGAGACUCAAGGGAAAAGUGAAGAAUACUUUGGCCAGUGGGUUAGAAAGAGGAAAAUAUCCCGUGACCGUGUUGUCAUUGCUACCAAGGUUGCGGGGCCAUCUGGGCAAAUGAGUUGGAUUAGAGAUGGACCAAAGUGUUUAGAUGCCAAGAAUAUUACUGAGGCAGUAGAUGGCAGUUUAAAGCGUCUGCAGAUGGACCACAUUGAUCUCUAUCAAAUCCACUGGCCUGACCGCUAUGUUCCCAUGUUUGGAGAAACCGAGUACGAUCCAGUCCGACAAUUCUCAUCUGUCCCAAUUGAGGAGCAACUUGAUGCUCUUGGCAGAGCUGUUGAUGCUGGUAAGAUCAGAUAUAUUGGACUCAGUAACGAAACGCCAUAUGGUGUCAUGAAGUUCCUUCAUUUUGCAGAAAACAAUGUUCACUACCCUAAGAUUAUAAGCGUGCAGAAUUCUUAUAGCUUGCUCUGCCGAACUUUUGAUUCUGGAAUGGCUGAGUGCUGUCAUCAUGAGAGGAUCUACGUGUUGGGCUACAGUCCACUUGCAAUGGGCAUACUUUCAGGGAAGUAUUUUGCUUCAGAUGGUGCUCCUUCCGAUGCUCGGUUAAAUCUUUUCAAAGGGAGGUAUUCAGAGGGUGAAUCCCGAUACAGCCUGGCCCGAAACACUUUAAAAUUAGCUACAAUGGAGUACCUUGGUAUUGCAGAAAAAUAUGGUCUUCAUCCUGUAUCACUUGCAAUCGCCUUUGUUUUGAAUCAUCCUCUGGUGGCAAGUACUGUGUUUGGGGUGACCAAAUCAUGGCAGCUUGAGGAAGUCAUCAGUGCAUGCAAUGUUGAGCUAACAUCUGAGAUAAUUGCAGACAUUAACAAAAUUCAUGCAAAGUUUCCAAAUCCAUGUCCCUGAUCAAUAUAUACAUGUUUUUAUUUCUUUCUGAUUCUGAAGGUUCUGAAAUUAGGUAGAAUGACAGACACUUUUCAUAUGUAAAACACUAUUCCAGGAGACAGUGUAUAAAUGGCAAGUUUUGAAAGAUAGGUUACAGUA